UCAAAGUACCGUGAACCACGACUGUUGUUAUUCCCGUAAAAAUGAAGUUUACAAUUGUUUUGAUCUGUGUGAUAGUUGGUGUAUACGGUAAAACAACUGAGAAACCUAAACACAAACCACAUAACUCCAACAAAACCUGUGAGGGGGUGCAUGUGCACGGAAAACUGCAUAAAAGACAUGUUAUUAUGAACGGGAUCAACCGGCCGUACCAACUGGCAAUAUACAACCACGAGCAUAAAAUAUUCUUCAGUUUCAAUGCCGGAGAUGACACCCAGGACACGUUCGGGAUUGCUUACGUGAAAAUAAACGACACGAUGCCUACAGAAAUACAAGGAAUAAAAAACGGCUUCGCUGUCGUCGUCGACGAACAUAACAAAACAGCGUAUUUCGGAGGCAAUGAAGGCAUCUACGCUGAUCAUCUUGAAAAAUCCGGGAAUUUGAAGCACAUCGUCAAGAACCGUGACAUUUGGGAUUUACAGUACUUUGAUCACCACUUGUACUUCAUCCAGUACCCAUCGCAACGCCUGCACAAAUACGAUUUCAAACAUAAAAAUGUCACACUUCAACAACAUAUUCACGAAAAGAUAUACCAAUUCGCUAUUGAUGGAGAAGGUGACACGUUCAUAACGACCAGGGACGGCUUGUUUGAGAUAAAAAAGGGGAAAAACGACCGCAUCCCAUACCAAGGACCGAAGCAGUUCAGGGCCAUUGAAGUAAACCACAAAGGCGUCGCGCACUUCUGCGCUAAAAGUGCCAUCUACGUAGCGCACAAGGAGAACCACACGUUGACCGAAAUAGCUUCCAUCAAGAAUAUAUUCGGAUUAACUUUUGAUAGUUCGGACAAUAUGAUUUAUUCAAACCCCCAUGAAAUUGUGAAACUCCUACCUCACGAUUGUAAGUAAACUCCUUAU